UUGAGGCGGCGUUGGCGUUGGCGGCUGUGCGCCCAGGACUUCACAUGGAGUCGCGGGAUGGCCGUCCCGGGCUCUGCUGCAAGCCUGGCGGGCGGCUGGACAUGAGCCACGGCUUCGUGCACCACAUCCGACGGAACCAGAUCGCCCGGGACGACUACGGCAAGAAGGUGAAGCAGGCCGCCAAGGAGAAGGUGAGGAGGCGACACACGCCCGCGCCCACCCGGCCCCGCAAGCCCGACCUGCAGGUGUACCUGCCGCGACACCGAGGGCGAGAUAGCUGUAGCCGCCCAGGCAACCUUGACUGUGAGGAGUCGGGUGACAGCAGCAGCGGCAGCUCUGAGCUGGAGCCAUCCAGCCGCCAGCUCUUCUGCUUAGAAUAUGAAGCGGACAGUGGAGAGGUCACAACAGUUAUCGUGUACCAGGAUGAUGACCCGGGAAGGGUGAGUGAGGAAGUUUCAGCGCACACACCUCUGGAUCCACCCAUGCGAGAGGCCCUCAGAUUGCGGAUCCAGGAGGAGAUUGCAAAGCGCCAGAGCCAACACUGACCAGGUUGAAGGCGGAAGGUGUUCAGGCUGGAUUCACUGCACUUGGAAGAAUUCUGCUCAGGGAGCUCACCCUAGUUUAGGGCUAUCAGGACCAGUCUAUCCAUCUUCAGACUUCUACCCCACAAAGCUGCUACAUCCACAAGGGGGUUAGGCUGUGGUCUGAAGUCCACAAGACAUCCUGUGUACAGGAAUUUUGAGGCACCUAACUUCUAGCAAGUGACCCUACCCCUCAGCAACUUGAAAUGUGGACUGUAAGAGAGCCCCUGAGCACUGAGACUGCAGCCAAAGCCCCUGCCCCGGGGUCUUUCUACAUGAGGGUCUCAAAAUCAGUCUGGCUAGUCAUCACUGCAGUUUUUCUCUUAAAGGCUUCCUGAGAGCUGUUUUGUCACAGCUUGCAAUGCUGGGACAGCGAGUGAGGUGGUAAGUUAGAAGGGCCUGGCUAUGAAGAUGGCUGGAGAUAGAAUGCUCCAGACCCACAGAGCUGGCCCAGGGUUAAGUGCCUUAAGUUUGCCAGUCCUGAGCCCAGUUCUGCUUUCAAAGGAGAAAGUCUUUGCCCUCUAUGUAGGCAACUGUGCUAGAAGUGCCUUUAGAAGUCAUUGCCAACUACCCUCCAAAGGCUCCUUGCUCACAGAGGUUCUGCCAAACUACCCCCAUCUUCCUGCAGGCUAGAGGACCGCUUCCUUAGUCUUCCAGAUCUUCAACUGAAUGUGUGACCUGGAACAUAGGAUUCACUGGAAUUCUUCAACACUUAGUCUGGAAAUACUUUGGGGCCUGUCUUAGAACUGGAUCAUUUGUUUCCUGGUUCCAUUACAGAACCUAGAAAAAAAUACCUGAAGAGACAAGCACCUAAAAGUUUGCUUCUUGAAAAAGGAAGAGAAAAAAAAAAAAAAAAGCAAUGUUUGC